AUGAGGUCGGCGCGUGCGAGCGUGGGGCCCGGGUCGGCGAUGGCGGCCUCGGGGGGGUUCUCGGCGACGGAGAGCCCCCAGAGCGCCCGCGGGCCGCAGGCGAGGCUGCUCCCCCCGAUCCACACAGGGAGUGGCGUGAUGUCGGGCGAGACCCAGUUCCACUGGGCAACCGCGAAGCCGAAGAAGGCGUGCCAGGGCCACAACGCGCUCUCGAAGGCGUCGCUGUGGCUGGAGGCCGACCGCGGCGAGAGGAAGCCGGCGGCCCCGCCGGUGGCGCCGGUACCCGUGCGGUCCCGCGAGCCCAGCAAGAGCACGACGAUCGAGAGCAAGACUCCGCGCGUACGGCAGCCGCGGCACCGACGGGCGAGUUUCGACAACAUCUGCUACGCGAUCGCGCAGAAGGCCACGCAGAAGUUCAACAACACCCGCGAGGCCUUCCGCUUCAUCGACGAGGACCACGACGGGACGAUCUCGCCGACGGAAAUGAGGUACUUCUUCCGCGCUUACGACUUCCCCCCCGAAAUCGCCGACUCCUUCUUCAGCUUUCUGGACCCGGAUAAUUUGGGGGAGAUCCCUUACGACAAGUUCGUCGAGUUCAUGAGCCCGCACUUCAACGACUUCCGGCCCGGGUCUCCCACUCUGGACGGGGAGGUGGUUCGCAAGAAGACCGACAGGCCGCCGAGCCCGGUGCGCAUCCAGAACGUGGCAGAGGUGCACAAGGAGUUCGCAGAGGUGCUCCACAUCAUUGGCCAGAAGGUGCCCUCGAAGUUCAAGUCUCUGCGCCACGUGUGGAGGCACGUCGACAGCGACAACGAUGGGAAGGUGUCCCAGAAGGAGAUGCGGGCUUUCUUCUGGGCCUUCAACCUGCCGCAGGAGGAGGCGGACAAGCUGCACGAGCGCAUGGGGCAGGGCAGCGGGGGGGAGAUCUACUAUGAGCACUUCGUCCGGUACCUCGGGCCCUACGUCGCGCCCGACACUCUGCUGUCGAACUUGGCCUUCAACACGCCCAGGACGGCGAAGCAGACCGACCCCUCGCUGAUGAAGGUCGACGACGAGCCCGUGAACCGGAAGAGGGAUCCCCCAUCGACGAGCUAUGCGGUGGACCAGGACCCAGAGGUGCGCACCGAGCUCAAGAACCUCAUGAUCGACAUCGGCCGCAAGCUGCCGCUGAAGUUCAAGCAGCAACGCGACGCCUUCCGCAUGCUCGACCUGCAGCGGGACGGGCGCAUCACCCGCACCGAGAUGCACGGCUUCUUCCGCGGCCUCGGGUGGGACGAGACGAGGGCAAAUUGGUUAUUCGACAUGCUGAAGGAGAGGACCCUCACGGCGAGGUAG